AUGUACGGCGGAAAAGUUCUACUGUCUUACACUUUGCAUAUUCACCAUAUAAGCGAUCAUCCAUUUCUCUAUGUUUCUUUUUUUUCUAUUUUGGUUUCGUUUUUUAUAUCGUCUGUCUCACUCUUUCACAUUCUCUCUCUCUCUCUCUCUCUCUCUCUCUCUCUCUCUCUUUCAAACUAUCUAUUUAUCUACUUUCUCUUUCUAUCUCUCUCCUUCUGUCUCUUUAUCUUCCUUUCUCCCUCUUCCACCUAUUUCCUUGUUUGCCUAUUUAUAUCCUACCCUCCAACUACUCUCCCAUAUUCUAUUUCAGUAUAUCUUGCCUUACCCCUGCUUUCUCCCUUUCAUUUACUCUCUAUCUUUCUUUCUCUCUCUAUCUUGUUUAUCUCUUCCUUCCAUCUAUUCUUUCUCUCUCCCUUAUUUUUCACCUACUUUCCCUCUUUUAUCUAUUCUCUCUUUCUCUUCCCUUUUCCACUUUAUCCUACCAAUUCACACUAUCUCUCUCUACUUCCCUCUAUCUCUCUUCCUCGUAUUUUCUAUCUUUUUCCCUCAUUCUCGCUCUAUCUCCCUUACCUAUUUAUCAGACCCUUGCUUUCUUUCUCUCUUUCUCUCUCUCUCUCUCUUUCUCCUUUCUCCCUCUUCCUUUCUUGUACGUCAUAA